AUGGGGAAGCAUAUAGUGGAUUCUAAACCCAGUUUGGGGUACCAGAUUAUGGUAGAACUAUUCGCUGCUAAUGAUCUCGUCGGUUCAACCUUAAAAAACAUACCGGACCCUUAUGCUGUCAUCACAUGUGGCAAUGAAAACCGAUUCAGUUCCUUGAAUCCUGGCACAAGAAAUCCAAUGUGGGGAGAAAACUUCAAUUUUUCUGUCCAUGAAUUUCCUGCCCAGAUCAAUGUCGCAAUUUAUGAUUGGAAUAUCAUGACCAAAAGUAUCCCUCUUGGGUCAGUUACUGUUCUAGUUGAAAGUGAAGGUCAAACUGGUGCAAAAUGGCAUACUUUAGAAAGCCCAUCAGGGCAGGUUUCCCUUCGAAUAAAAACACAAAUUUCUGGAACUUCCAGGAUAAGUGGUUAUAGAGGAGAUAAUCCUCAAAGAAGCAUGCCACCCUUGGAAACACAGGGCCUCACAGUUGUCCAUCAAAAGCCAGGGCCUCUUCAAACUAUAUUUGGUCUUCAUCCAGACGAGGGUGUUGAUCACAGUUAUACUUGUGCACUUGAGACGUCAUUCUUGUACCAUGGUCAUAUGUAUGUCUCAGCCAGUUGCAUUUGUUUCUAUUCCAACGUGUUCUUUAAGCAAAUGAAGGUGGUUAUUCCUUUUGAAGAUAUAGAUGAGUUUAAUGUUGAUAGCUUUUGUGGUCUGGUUAACUUCCUUCGCCUUUUCAACUCAUACCCUUUCCUUAUCUGCCCCCUCCACCCCCAUCCUAAACUAAGUCAAAAUUCCUGGGUUGUGGCAUCUAGAGACCUUUGCAAAGCCCUCAACAAGCGCCAUCGCCUACAUCUUUUAGUCGAAGCUGAUGAUAUUAAAAAGAGUCCUAAAUCUACUGGAGAAGAGGCCGAAUCUAAUGUUGAGGGUGCAGGGUAUUUUCUGCGAGAGAAGGUGAAGCCUUUAGCAGCUGAUUGA